AUGCAGCUUGAAGAGACGAUUGCGCAGUUAAAGGAGGAGCUACACGAGUCUGCGUAUUUGGGUGUAGAGGAGUGCAGACAGGCAAAUGAUCUGAAGCGGCGAAACGCAGAGCUGGAGCGCGAGCUCCAGGAAAUCAAGACUUUCUCGCCCUCCAGUGCCGGAAGCGCCAGCGAUUGGAGAUGGGUCGACGACCGGCGAAGCCUGCGAAAGCGCGCCAGCGCCACCAGCAGCGAAGGUGGUCUGCCAGGAGGCUUGAGGAAGAAAGCCAUGGCGGCCCAAUUUGACGAAGACCUGGAGGAGUUCAUGCGGGAGAAUGCGGAGCUCAAAGAGCAAGUGUCUCGUGCGGAGAAAGCGAAGCGAGAGUUGGAAGAGAAGCUCCGUGAAGUGGAAAUGGAAAAGCCGGUGGCCAAAAGCAGCCCUCCGGCAGGCCAGCUGAAGGUUGGACUACAGGUUCAGCACAAGGCCAGGGAGAUCAACUGGGAGAAGAUGAGGGAAGAGUUGAGACAAGAGGUCGAGACUGAGAAGCUGCAUGUCACGGCUCUGAAAGAUGACAUGAAGAAGAUCCGCAAGCAGGCUGCAGCCAAGGAGGAGAAGUUCCACCAGGAGCUCCAGGAAGAACGGACCAGCCGAAUGGACGAGUUCCAAGAAGCGCAGCGCUCUCACGAGCAGGACCUCAAGCGCUUGAGGAAAGACCUGGAGGCUGCGCGCUUUCAGCUGCUGGCGACGAAUUUCCGAGGGUCCCCUGGCCUUGCUCCGCCCUCCCCUGGGGGAGAAAGGCUCAACAGCAUCCUCAGUGCUCGGAGCGACGAUGGCGAACCUUCCCCUUUCGACUUCGAUACAGGUACCGGGAAUGCCAGCUUGGCAGAUGAGCUCUCCGGUCAUUUUCAGUGGCCGACGGGCCAGGAUGCCCUGCAAUAUCGGCUUCCCGAAGAGAUCAACGAGCUUCGUGUGGAGUUGCAGCAGAUGCAGCAGGCACAAGCAGGUGGUGCUGAAGCCGAACAGGCUCUGAUGCAUGCCAACGCGGAGUUGAAGGCCGAAGCCCAGGAAGUGCGGGGGCUGCGCAAGGAGUUCGAAUCCUUCGAGCAAGGAUCGGCGCGUGCCCCGGAAGCGGAAGCGGGAGAGGCCGAAGAAGAAGUACAAGCGAUGCUGAGCGCUGGCAUCAGGCGACAAAGCGAGCUGGAAGGAAAGCUGCAAACACAGCGCCAGGAGAUUGCUUCCUUGAAGGCAGCUUUGGGCGAUAAAGCUUCUCUGCUUGACAAGGAAGCCGAGUUGCGAGACCUCCAUGGUAAGCUGAAGCCGCAUGGCGGAAUUGCCAAAGUCCUGCAGUCCGUCAAGGAACUCAGCACCGUGCAUCAAGAGGUCUCCUCGCUGCGGAAAGCAGCCGCUGAUGCCGAACGCCUCAAGUCUGAGGUGGCUGAGCUCAAGCGCGGCGCAAGAAGAAAGGAGGCGCCAAAGCCCAGCGCUGAGCUGAAGGAGAUGAGACGCGAGUUAAGCGAACUGGAGAAGUGGAAAGCCGAGUUCGAAGGGAGGGAGGCUUCGGCCCGUGAGACAGAAGAGAUGGAACAGGCGAAGCCAGAGGUGUGCGUGGGAUCUGCGAGUGAGAUAUCUCUUAGUGCGCACUUCUUCUACGUGACACCUCUCAUCGACUUUGGGGACGAGGUGCCAAAGUUCGUCGACUUCCCAGCUUCACUCGGGGGCUCGGGCGUUCGGGCCGAGUCCUGGGAUUUACAGCCAGAUGUCACGCAGGCUUUCCAUGGGAAGUGCCUCUGUGGAUCGGUGAUCGUAGCCGUCUCCGGGGAGCCUAAGAUGACUGCUUUCUGCCACUGCUUGGAGUGCCAAAAAUGGACUGGAAGCAGCGGCCACUUUGCAGUGAUCUUCGACGAAGCUUUGGUCCAGAUAGCUGGGGACGUGAAGACCACGAGCGAUGGCCACAGAAACUGCGCCAAGUGCUUGGCCUGCAUUGCUUCCACCCAUUGCGCAAAAACACCUGGCCUCUUGCAAAUCUGUGGUGGUAUCUUGAACUCCCCUCCGCGACUUCAAGGGCAUUGGAACUACGGACAGCGCGUGCUGUCCGUCAGGGACGGCAUGGCCAAGUUCAAGGAGUUCCCGGCCGAGUUCGGGGGUUCCGGCGCUGUUCUGGGAGAGGAAGCUGCCCCAUACGUGGUCACCAUCCAGCGCAAGGACGAGGAUCUGGGCCUGGAGCUUUCUUUCUCUGACCGGAAGUGCCGAGUCCUGAAAGUUCGACGGCACAGUCUGAUCCAUGAAUGGAACCAGAGCUGUGGCUCCGAUUCAAUGGUUUGCAUCUACGACAGACUCAUAUCCAUCAACGGUAUGAUGGCAACCAUACGCGAGGAAAGAGAACAACUUGGACGAGCGACUGGCAAAAUAGUGCUAAUCUUCGCCAAGUUCCGAUACUUCGAGUAA